AUGCAGGCACAGGUGUACAUGAUCGACCCGCAGUCGUACGAGGUGCUGUACGAGGAGCCGGACGACAAGAUCGAGUCGAUCGACGCGCUGCUCGAGGAGCUGCCCGACAACUCGCCGCGGUUCGUGGUGCUCAGCUACUCCAAGACGCUGGACGACGGCCGGCUGAGCAACCCGCUCGUGCUCGUGUACCACCGGCCGCUGACAGCAAAGCAGGACGCCAAGAUGCUGUACGCGGGGUGUCUGGAGCAGUUCAAGGGCGAGGUGAGCGCGAACCGGUUUGUGGAGGUGGCUGACGAGGAGGACUGGGACGAGCUGAGGGCGGAGGUGGAGUACUGCGCAGCACCAAUCCUAUGCCAUGUAUUGGAUAAGUAUCGAAUACUAACCGUCCAGGGAAAAGGAAUUUCUUCCUCCGCCAUUCCAUACUCGAGAAACGUUCCAUCCUGGUUCAAGCUCUCGUCCGAGGAUGUUGUUGAGCAGAUCAUCAAGUACGCCAGAAAGGGUCUGACUCCUUCUCAGAUCGGUGUCAUUCUGAGAGACGCCCACGGAGUCAACCAGGCCAAGGUGAUCACCGGUAACAAGAUCCUGAGAAUUCUCAAGUCCAACGGUCUUGCUCCAGAGAUCCCAGAGGACCUGUACUACCUGAUCAAGAAGGCUGUUUCCGUGAGAAAGCACUUGGAGAGAAACAGAAAGGACAAGGACUCCAAGUUCAGACUGAUUCUGAUCGAGUCCAGAAUCCACAGACUCGCCAGAUACUACAGAACCGUUGCUGUGCUGCCACCAACCUGGAAAUACGAGUCUGCCACUGCUUCUGCCCUGGUCAACUAG